AUGACCAACCUCCCUUUCUACUUCUCGCUCCUCAUUUGCGUGGCCACGCUCCACGCGGAUGCAUCCCAGGAGGCUCAGCUCAGAAGCUUCAUCUCGUCUAGGAAGAACAGCGCCGGCGGCAGCACCGACACGUUCAGAGUGCGUAACAUAGCUGAAAGGGUUGCCGGCAGCCUGAGUGCGGAGAGCACCGUCUCCGACGAGAGCUCCAUGAAGGCGGCCGACAAGAUCACGGCCCUGCCCGGGCAGCCGGAGGGCGUCGGCUUCGAUCAGUACGGUGGGUACGUCACCGUCGACGAGGAGGACGGCCGUGCUCUCUUCUACUACCUCGUCGAGUCGCCUUCAGGUGCUUCCGACAAGCCGCUCCUGUUGUGGCUAAACGGAGGACCAGGAUGCUCGUCGCUCGGCUAUGGGGCAAUGCAAGAACUCGGGCCCUUCCGUGUUACCGAAGACAACAAAACGCUCAGCACAAACAUGCAUGCAUGGAACAAUGUGGCUAACAUUAUCUUCUUGGAGUCCCCCGCCGGCGUCGGGUUUUCUUACUCCAACACGUCUUCAGACUACGACCUCAGUGGGGACGAGAGAACCGCUGACGACACGUACGUCUUCCUGGUGAGAUUGCUGGAGAGGUUCCCGGAGUACAAGGGCCGCACCUUCUUCAUCUCUGGGGAGAGCUACGCCGGCCACUACGUGCCGCAGCUCGCCGUCACCAUCCUACUCCACAACACAUACAACAACAGAAGCAUCAUAAACCUUCAGGGCAUCCUGGUUGGCAACCCUUAUCUUGACGACAAGAGGAACAAUCAGGGGACAAUUGAUUUCUUCUGGGCCCAUGGAGUGAUGUCGGACGAGGUCUAUGCCAAUGUCACUGAGCACUGCGACUUUGCAGGUAAAGCAUGCAGCGGCGCCUGGGAUGCGUUUGAUGCCGGCCAAAUUGAUGCCUACAAUAUAUACGCUCCAGUUUGCAUCCACGCGCCGGACGGAACAUAUUACCCCAGUGGCUACCUGCCAGGGUAUGAUCCGUGCAGUGAUUAUCCUACCAAUGCCUAUCUGAAUGAUCCAGCAGUGCAGGACGCUUUCCACGCUAGGAUGACAGAGUGGUCACCCUGCAAAAACUUCAAGUGGAAAGAUGCGCCAGUGACUAUGCUGCCAUCCAUCAAAUUCUUGAUCGAGAACAAGCUUCCCGUUUGGAUAUUCAGUGGUGAUUUCGACUCCGUAUGCCCUCUUCCGGCGACGAGGUACUCUAUUCAAGACCUUGGCCUUCCUGUGACCACUCCAUGGCGCCCAUGGGUGGCAAAAGGGGAGGUGGCAGGAUAUGUUCAACAGUAUGUCGGAGGAUUGACAUUUCUAUCAGUGAGAGGUGCCGGUCAUCUUGUUCCGUCUUUCCAGCCUGAGAGAGCGUUGGUAAUGUUGACCUCUUUCCUGAAAGGGAUGCUUCCACCUUACAUUACAUAGAAGGUCGGUGAGUCAUGCAGGAGUUGACAAUUGCUACUACGUGAAAAUAGAGUUGCCACUUGCUAUGAGUUAAUUAAUGUUUUCCUUUGGAAGGUUUAUUUGCUUAAUAAUGAUAUAAUAUGUACCUGUAUCCGGUAGAUUUGAAGAAGGUCCUUGUCCUUUGAGUGGGCGUGUAUUUCUUGUUGGAUGACUUUAUGAUAUAACUUGAAUAAAGAUAACUACGGUUUGGUGGUUA